GCGUGCGCUCUAGUUCCGUUGGUGUCACGUGACUCGCUGGAGGCCAACCCCAACAUGGCUGCCCUCUUGAGCGGAAGUGACUCUUUUUGCCAGCCACCAGACAUGGCGGAUCGCUGGGGACCCACGAGUGUAAACCGGACAGAUGACGACGAGCCCCGGGUAAAGCGGCGGAAAGACGGGAGGCUGAUCGUGUUACUGGAGGGGGCCAGUCUGGAGACCGUGCGGGUAGGAAAAACCUACGAAUUACUAAAUUGCGACCAACAUAAAAACAUCCUGGUGAAGAACGGGAGAGACCCCGGGGAGGUGCGUCCGGACAUCACACAUCAGAGUCUACUGAUGUUAUUGGACAGUCCUCUGAAUCGGGCCGGACUGUUACAGGUCUAUAUCCACACACAGCGGAACGUCCUCAUAGAGGUCAACCCCCAGACCCGCAUACCCCGAACCUUUCCCCGAUUCUGUGGCCUGAUGGUACAACUUCUUCAUAAGUUAAGUGUCAGAGCCGCCGACGGACCCCAGAAACUCUUAAAGGUUAUUAAGAACCCUAUAACAGAUCACCUCCCCGCAGGCUGUGUGAAGAUCGCCACCUCCUUCCAGGGCGACAGCGUUCCCUGUGUGCGAGAUCUCGUCCCCUCCACGGAGCCAAUGAUGAUCGUAAUCGGAGCGUUCGCCCACGGCUCGGUUAAUGUAGAUUUCACUGAGCGCAGUGUGUCCAUCAGUCAGUAUCCGCUGUCCGCAGCCCUCACCUGCGCCAAGAUCUGCACCGCUUUCGAAGAAGUCUGGGGGGUGGUAUGAAGAUGCCGGGUAUCCUCCUCCUGCUGCUGCUGCUUCCUAUAGGAAGAGGUGCUAUGUUUGCUAUCUAAAGUGAAGACAAGUCACGGACCUGAUGGGAUACAUCCAAAAUUAUUAAAAGAGCUUAGUG